AUGCCCCGCCGAGCUUCCUCAAAUGUGAACGCACCUCAUCGCGGUGAGGUCUUCUCGACGGAUGAUGCCGUAGACGAAGUGGAAGAACAGGCGACGGAGCGAACCCAGAGUUUCUCGACACCUCGGCCGCAAUCCCAGAAGGAUUCGAGACCGAGCUCCACACUCCGGCGGCGAACUGCUGCUGCUGCUCCGACCCUAUCUCGCGUACAAUCUAGUGGAAGUGUAGAUGGUGAAGAGCCUGGUAUCGAGGAUCGCCUCCAGGAGAUCGACGAGGAACGCAACGAGGAUGCCGCCGAGGAGGGAGAAGGUGCAGGCGGGGGCGGCGAGGAUGCCCCAGACAUCGACGAGGAGGAGGACGACGACGGGAACGUCAGUGACGCGGAAAGCUUCACCCUCAAGGACCGACAGCAAGCGAUCAACGAAACUCAUCCGUUCGGUAUCAGACUGUGGAAGCCCGCCCUCUACAAGAAAGACCGUUCAGUCCAGAAGACGGCAGAGGGAGAUAUCCACUCCUCUCCCGGGGGCCACGUUAGUAACUGGCUGCUUUUCUUCAACAUACUUUGGACUCUGAUGUUCGGCUGGUGGAUGUCGUUCUUUGCUGCCGUCGGAGCAGGUGCCUGCUUCAUCUUUGCGGCCGCACCUAGUGGGAGAGAGUAUGGCCGUGUACUUUGGGGUUUGUCUCGCUAUCUGUUCUACCCCUUCGGCAAAUAUGUGGGCCUGGAGCACGAUGAAGCCUACUUGGAUGAAGACCAAGGAGAGGGACGCAGCAUCAGCGAGUACGAGCAGUGGCAGAGUGGCGACCUCGAGUAUGGACGACUCUUUUUCGGUCCGGAAGAGCCUGAUCAGCAUCGUUCUAUUGUUGGAAGAUCCAGGCGAAGUAUUGAUUCCGACCCAGAUGAGACGGAUAGCUUGCUAGGUCGCGCUGCACGCCAUGUCCAUCUCGACGAGCAGGGGAGACGGCUUAAGAGGCGCCUAUUUGGCAGAGGCCAAUGGAAUAUCGGCAGAGUCAUCUUCUUUGUCUUCUUCUACGGCUUGCUCACUCCAUCGUUGAUUAUUGUCUCGGCUACUUGUUGGUUCUUGGUCUUCUGGAUUCCCAUGGGCAAGGUCACGAUGCUAUUAUUCGACCAUCUGAGAAGACAUCCACUCGCCUUAUCUUUCGAGUCAGACAUCGCACUGGCUCGCACAUCGGACGUGCCUCAUUCCAACAGUAUCCUACUUUGCACCUACAGGGCAGUGGGCUCCAAAUACUGGAAGUAUACUAUCGAUGGUACCAACAUCUUCCUGAUCAACCUGAUGGCAGUGGUCCUUUUCGUCAUUUUCGACUGGCUGGUCCUUGAUGGUGUUCUGCACAUGAAGAAUUUCCUGACGCACCCAGGAUUCCUCUUCGUCGCUGGUCUCCUAUCCAUCAUCCCUCUUGCCUAUUUUAUAGGCCAAGCUGUUGCCUCCAUCUCGGCGCAAUCUUCGAUGGGUCUCGGCGCGGCUAUCAAUGCAUUCUUCUCCACUGUCGUAGAGGUCUUCCUCUACUGCGUUGCUCUGAAGGAUGGAAAAGGAGCACUUGUCGAGGGCAGCAUUAUUGGCAGCAUCUUCGCAGGUAUCCUGCUCUUGCCUGGCCUUUCCAUGUGCUUUGGUGCUAUCAAACGCAAAACUCAACGUUUCAACGCAAGAUCAGCUGGUGUAACAUCGACCAUGCUUCUUUUCGCCGUUGUCGCCGCCUUUGGGCCAACUCUGUUCUACCAGAUCUACGGAACUCAUGAACUCAACUGUCUGAGCUGCAUUGAUUACCCAGACGGCGCAUCUAGAAACUCUGAGCGCGACUGUCGACGAUGCUACUUUUCCCAGACACCUAAUGUGGAAGAUCGGUUCUACUUGCAGGCCGUUCGUCCAUUCUGCUACGCUGCAGCGAUUUUUCUGUUCCUGUCUUACGUGACCGGCUUAUGGUUCACUCUUCGAACUCACGCGGCUGUAAUUUGGAAUACUGAGAUAGACGAAAAGAAACACGAGGAAGUCCAGCACCUGGCUCGGUUAGCCGAACAACACCAGAUGGCCGCCGAUACUAGUGGAGCUGAUAUUAGGGACAGCCAUCUCUACAAGCGCAUUCUGGGUCAGUCCUUGAAGCAAGUGGGUCUUGGUAUUGGCGGCACACACCAUUCACGUCAGCCGUCUGCUCGUAAUGGCGCUAUACCUACAGCCCACAUGGUCCCCCCUAGAGUGGGCGAGAACGAUGCGAAUACUGAGGAGAUCCGCUCUCAUGUUCAUAUGCGUGGGUUUACUGAGCAGGAAAAUAACGACCUCAUCCGUGGCGUUACUGAGCUAGCUGCAACGGCAGCUGCAAUCGCGGCUCGAGAUGCCAGGAGCUCUACGCGCCGGAUCUCAGCGAAUCCAAGUCAUGCCGGGUCACGUCCAACCCCUCUUCGAACCUCUACAUUCCCGGAUGCAGAGGAGAGGGGGGAAGCUGCUCAUGCUCAGGGAGGGCAUGACGCACCAAACUGGAGCCGAAUGAAGAGCGCCAUUAUCUUAUGCGCCGCCACCGUCUUGUAUGCUAUCGUUGCAGAGAUUUUGGUCGACACAGUUGAUGUCGUUUUACAAAACUUUGCCAUCGAUGAGAAGCUCUUGGGUAUUACACUGUUUGCCCUUGUUCCAAACACGACCGAGUUUCUGAACGCCAUCUCUUUUGCUAUGAACGGGAAUAUUGCCUUGUCCAUGGAGAUCGGCUCGGCGUAUGCACUACAAGUCUGCCUGCUUCAGAUCCCAGCUCUUGUCUUGUUCUCGGCAUUUUGGCCUCCGCCAGGAGGUGAAGGCAUCGACUUGAACAAAUUCACCUUCAGCCUCUUGUUCCCGCAGUGGGACAUGGUGAUGGUUAUCCUUUGCGUGUUCUUGCUCAGUUAUGUCUACGGCGAGGGUAAGAGCAACUACUUCAAGGGCAGCAUUCUUAUUAUGACAUAUCUUGUCGUCAUCAUCGGAUUCUACUUCUCUGGUGUCACAAACGAUGUUCAGAUGGGCAUGAAUCGAUUUGAUACUUUCAACGCCGCCGAAGGUGCAUGGUCAAGUUACAAAACCAUCGGACGAAGCACCAAAGGGCCGGCGUUCUAA